CCCAAAUUAUCAAAUCCAAUUUCUCGCUUUGGUUUACGAUCAACCAAAAACAGCUAUGGCUUUGCACUCCGUAAGUCUUUCUUCUUCUUCGUAGUCUUCUUUUUCAUUCGUUGAUUUUUGUUACAAAUUUCAAAUAUUUUUUGUGGACACUUGCAGUACGCCUACUUCUCUAUCAAUGGUCAUUCCACCAGAACUCGCUGGUGCCAUACCCUUAAUCGAUAAAUUUCAGGUCACAACUAACAUAAAUUUACCAAAUUUACUUUGAUUCUUUCAACUGUAUGCAAUGCAUUAGGAUUAGUAGUUCCUUUAUCACUGGAAUUUGGGUAAUCUUUGUCUAAUGCCUCCUGUAAUUUUCUGCCAUUUGAUUUUGUAGAGCGUCCUGGAUGGUUAUAAUGGGAUCGUGAUGGCUUAUGGCCAAACAGGUACAGGAAAAACAUUCACAAUCGUGGUAUUAUGGUUCGUUCAAUGGAGGAUAUUCUAGCAAGUAUUUCUCCAGAUACUGAUUCAAUCUUCGUCUUUUAUUUGCAGGUUAUAUGGUCUUAAUCACACAGUUAAAUAUAUUAUAUAAUCAAAGUUUUACUCAGUUAUUUCAUUUCACACUCAAUUGUUUUAGCUAUUCAUGUUUUAACAUCUUGUUAUUUACAAAUAAAAUAAAAUAAAAUAAAAUGUGUAGCUUUAUAUGGAGACCAUUCAAGACCUUCUUGAUCCAUCAAAUGAUAACAUCCCCUUUGUGGAAGAUCCAAGAACUGGUGAUGUUUCAGUACCUGGUGCGACUCUUGUAGAAAUCAGGGAUCAACAAACUAAACUGGAGUUGCUGAAAGUGGGAGAAACUCAUAGGAUUGCAGCUAACACGAAGUUGAAUACUGAAUCUUCUCGUAGUCAUGCUAUUCUGAUGGUGCAUGUCAAAAGGUCUGUCAUGGGAAGGGAAGAUAAUCAUUCAAUUGACAAUGGGGAACUCUCUUGCCUAAGCAAAUCAUUUAAGCCACUUCUUCAGAAAAGCAAACUUGUCGUGGUAGAUUUGGCUGGUUCUGAGCGUAUUCACAAGUCAGGUAGUGAGGGACAUAUGUUAGAGGAAGCUAAGUCGAUCAAUCUAUCUAUUUCUCUGUGAAUUGUAGUCUCAUUUUCAUAUCAUCAUCCCCACAAAAGGGAAAAAAAAAUAGAAUGCCUUGAUAGUUGAUUCUGAUCUUUUGAUAUUAAUAUUAUUAGGUUAGAUUAGAUUAAAUUUAAUUGUUGGGAUUUGAGUGCAUAAUCAUGACAAGUGCAUAUAUUGUUAUUAGUAUGUUUUCUUUUGAUAAUUAUUUGAUAUAUUAUAUUUUAGAGAAAAAGAAAAUACUAUUUUUGGG